AUGAGCCAAACUUCAAUUGAGCUUCGUCAAGACCCCGGUCGUGAAGAGGGCUUGGACUCGUCAGCACUUGACCUCACGAGCACUCACGAGAAUCAAGUAUCUUCUCUCCCGCCGGUAGAUGGCGGCAAGGAUGCUUGGUUGUUCUUGGCGGCUUCUUUUAUGGUUGAGGCUCUUACAUGGGGCUUCCCCUUUGCAUUUGGUGUCUUCCAGGAUUACUACAGUACCAAUGCCCCCUUCGAAGGCUCAUCAGCCAUCGCCGUCAUCGGUACUUGCGCAAUGGGUAUAAUGUAUCUCGGCCUCCCCUUCACGAUGAGUCUUCAACGUCUCUACCCACGACAAAGCCGCUGGUCCCCGAUGAUCGGCCUCUUCAUAAUGUGCAUCGCCCUCGCCCUAAGCUCAUUCUCCCAAAACACCACUCAUCUGAUCCUCACCCAAGGCGUCCUCUACGCCAUCGGCGGUUCCAUAUCCUACUGUCCUUGUAUCCUCUACAUGGACGAAUGGUUCGCCAAGCGCAAGGGUUUUGCGUUUGCUUUGGGCUUCUUCUUGCCUGGGAUUUAUCUCCCCUCGUAUGCUCGGACUGCUCUUGGCGCUGGAUCCUUUGCGUCUGCUCUUACGGUUCUACUCGUCAAUGUCGCUUCAGUCUUUGGCUGCGUCGCCAUGGGUGCCCUCACAGACCGACUGCAUGUUACAGACUGCUUCAUGAUUUCAGCAGCCGGUACAACACUAAGCACAUUUCUCCUCUGGGGCUUCUCAACAAACCUGCCCAUCUUGUAUGUCUUUUGCAUCUUCUACGGCAUUUUUGCGGGGUCAUACACAUCAGCCUGGACGGGCAUCAUGCAAAUGGUAUCCUCAACACCCUCCAACACCCGCACCAGCGGAACAUCAUUUGACCCCGCCAUGGUCCUAGGCGUCCUCUCCGCAGGACGAGGGAUAGGAAACAUAGCGUCCGGCCCGCUAAGUGGAGCGUUACUCAAGGGAAUGCCGUGGCAGGGCCAAGCAGCAGGUGGAUACGGAACGGGCUAUGGCACGCUGAUUGUGUUUACCGGUGCCACGGCAUUGGCCAGCGGCGCGACAUUCGUCUUUAGAAGGGUAGGGUGGAUGUGA